UCUCUCGGUUGUUUCCUCCUUGCAGCAACUUUCUUUCUCUCUUCCAUCCUUCCCCCUCGGAAAUAUUUGGCUUAGAGAGAGAAAAUGGGAACCGGCGACGGCGACGGCGACGGUGGCGGUGGGGCGGUGAAGAGAAGAGGGUGCUCGUGCACCAAGGAGGACUUCUUUCCGGAGGAGUCGUUCAAGAGCUGGGCUAAUUACCGGCAGGCUUUCCGGGAGACCGGGAUGCGGCUCCGGGACCGGGUGACGGCCCGGUCGCUGGACCAGACGGAGCUGCACGAGGUGCGGGCGAGGAGCGGCCACGAGAUGAAGAGGAACCUCUCCUGGUGGGAUCUCAUCUGGUUCGGCAUCGGCGCCGUCAUCGGUGCCGGAAUCUUUGUGCUCACCGGCCAGGAGACCAAUGAAGAUGUCGGCCCUGCCGUCGUCCUCUCCUACGUCGUAUCCGGAAUCUCCGCCAUGCUCUCCGUCUUCUGCUACACUGAGUUUGCUGUUGAGAUUCCAGUUGCAGGUGGUUCUUUUGCCUACCUCCGCGUGGAGCUCGGUGACUUCAUGGCAUUCAUAGCAGCGGGCAACAUCCUCCUCGAGUAUGUAAUCGGUGGUGCCGCUGUCGCCCGCUCCUGGACCUCCUACUUCGCCACCCUGCUUAACCACGACCCCAACGACUUCCGCAUCCAUGUCUCCUCCCUCGCCAAGGAUUACAACCUCCUCGACCCCAUCGCCGUCGCCGUCAUCACCAUCGUCUGCAUCGUCGCCAUCCUCAGCACCAAGGGCACAUCCCGCUUCAACUACAUCGCCUCCAUCAUCCACGUCGCCGUCAUCCUCUUCAUCAUCAUCGCCGGUCUCACCAAGGCCGACUCCAAGAACCUCAAACCCUUCACCCCUUACGGCGUCCGCGGCAUCUUCAAAGCCUCCGCCGUGCUCUUCUUCGCAUAUGUCGGCUUCGACGCGGUCUCCACCAUGGCCGAGGAGACCAAGAACCCCGCCAAGGACAUCCCCAUCGGCCUCGUCGGCUCUAUGACCAUCACGACGCUUGCCUAUUGCACCCUCGCCAUCACUCUCUGCCUCAUGCAGCCGUACAAGAGCAUCGACGUCAACGCGGCCUUCUCGGUCGCGUUCAAAAAGGUGGGAAUGGACUGGGCCAAGUACAUCGUCGCCUUCGGGGCGCUGAAGGGCAUGACCACCGUCCUCCUCGUCUCGGCCGUCGGCCAGGCCCGGUACCUGACACACAUCGCCCGCACCCACAUGGUUCCGCCAUGGCUGGCACAAGUCCACAGCAAGACCGGCACUCCGAUCAACGCCACCAUCGUUAUGCUCUGCGCAACCGCCAUCGUCGCCUUCUUCACCGACUUGGGCAUCCUAUCCCAGCUGUUAUCAAUCUCCACUCUAUUCAUCUUCAUGCUUGUCGCCGUGGCUCUCCUCGUCCGCCGCUACUACGUGAGCGGGGACACCUCCAACACCAACCGGAAUAAGUUUGUUGUUUGCAUUGUGCUCAUACUGGCAUCAUCGAUCGCAACGGCGACCUACUGGGGGUUGAGCAAGAAGGGAUGGAUCGGGUACGUGGUGACGGUGCCGAUAUGGUUCCUGUCGACGUUGUUCCUGGGGCUGGUUGUGCCGCAGGCGAGGGCGCCGAAGCUGUGGGGGGUGCCAAUGGUGCCAUGGCUGCCAUCACUGUCGAUCGCAAUCAAUAUAUUCUUGCUGGGAUCGAUUGAUGGGAAAUCGUUCAUGAGGUUUGGCAUCUGGACGGCGUUGCUGCUCAAAUAUUACUUCUUCUUUGGUCUCCAUGCGUCGUAUGACACAGCGAUGGCCGAGGCGGCCUCACAGCCGAUGAAGAGGUUGGAGGAAGGGAAAGAUGAGCAGGAUUCUGGAAAUGGGAAGGCAGCAGAAGAAGCGGGGAAAGGAGAAGGCCAAGAGAAGCUACUAGCAUAAGAUCAUGUUUUCACCUUUUCUUUUCUUGUUGGCCUUUCGAAAAGAGCAAAAAAAAAUUAAUAAAUGUGUUACAAGAGUGUGAAACUUAAGUUUGUGAGACAAGAACUUCUUAGUUGGAUGGUGAUGUUGAAAAGCAGUUCGUUUGUAAGUGGAAUUAUGUGAAAUUAUCUUUUUUUAUGAAUGUAAUUAUGUGAAAGAAUCAAAUGCUAAGCAAUGAUGUUGUCAAACAUCAGCUUUGAGAUUGA